UGCAUUUCACGUAACUCUGAUUCUGUAACGUGUGUAGUCGAAGCAGCUUUCUGAGUGAGGAUGAACCUCAGUCAUCCCGACCAGAACAUGCACAGCUCCAUUGAAGGCUGCCUAGAGGACGAUAAACCUGAUGUCAUGUUGCCUUGCUUCCGCAGAAACAUGUAUGACGAGCCUCUGGCCUCAUACUCCAAUGGAUCCAUCAUCUCUCAACUCCUCCGCAAGACAAUCCACAACAAGAGGGCACUAGAUGAUAGCCAUUUCUACCUUUCCAGCUCCACUGCCGUUGACUCCAGCCAGGAGGACCAGAGCAGCGUCUCCUCAAAGGACAGCACGGUGGAAGCUGCCUCUCCCACUGGUCAUGUUUCUACGGCAGCCAGCCCAGAGAGGGAGCAUCCCAUGACUGACCACCUGCAGGCCAAGAGGGCCAGAGUGGAGAACAUUAUCAGGGUCAUGGCGGGCUCUCCCAACAGCAGGCAGCAUGGAGACAGCGAGAGGUCUGACACAGAUGCCAGAGACAACAGAGAGGCCAGAGAAGCAUACAGGGAGAACAAACGCAAACAGAGGUUGCCUCAGCAUCAGGAACACAGUGUUGGAGGACCGACAAACAGAAGACCCGCAAGCAGCAGUAGUGACAACAGCAACACCAAGGAUGAGGAGUGUCACAAGCUCAAAGAGCAGCUCCACAGCAUGCAAAGGCUCCUGCGUCAGCUCCAGGAAAAGUUCCUUCAAGUUUACAACCAGGAAGACCCUGAAAACAAUGACAGAGAUGAGACAGAAGUUGCUGUUGAGCAUGACACCCUGGGAGAAAGCAUAGCAUCACACUACAUAAGCACUGAAGAUGAUUUUGAAAGGAAGAACAGCAGAGUGACGGCAGAGUGUAAGGACCGAAUGAAAGUAGUUGGUUUUCUUGUACACCAAAGAGAGAGUCAGAACCUAAAAGAAACUCUGAAACAGGAGCUCUCGAGGGCUGUGAAUGACUGUGUGGACAGGGUGUUCAAGAAGGUGUCCUCCACAGGACUGGACCCGUCCCCUCAGCAGCGCAUGUGCUCAUCUCCAGAGAUGCAGAUCAGCCUGGGCGCAGACAGGAAGAGCCAGCAGGCCGGCUCCAUCCAGGAACAGCCCCAGACUGAGGAGGCUACAGUGAAGCCCCGCUCUAUGGAGUAUUAUGAAAGCUCCGAGGCUCAAAGCCCACAGGACCAAACAGAGGCGCUGUCGCUGGUGGUCCGCAAGCCGUCAGUGACCCCUCUGAGUUCAGUCAACCCGACAGUGAAGAGGCCCUAUCCUGUGCACCAGACACCAUUUCAGUUCAAUUACAGCACCCCUCUGCAUGACAGCCAGAUCCUAGAGCAUCUUCUUAAGUACGGGCCCCAUUCCAACUUUGGGGGUCUCCCUUGCAUGCCUCCAUCAAUGGACAGGACCUCCCCAGACUCAGUGGACCUGCCCUGGGACACCAUCGCCAUGAGGUCCAAGGUGACAUCCAGCCACCUCGGCCACCACGCUCGCUCCUCCACCCUGGGGGCAGUGACAGUGGACAAUCUGUGUCUCCCUCAUGUCAAGAUCGAGUGUGGCGAACUGCAGAGCAUGGCUGAACGGAACCCCUACAUGUCACUCAAUAUCCAGGAGGGUCUCACCCCGAGCCAUCUGAAGAAGGCAAAGCUCAUGUUCUUCUACACCCGCUACCCCAGCUCCAACGUGCUGAAAACCUUCUUCCCUGAUGUCAAGUUCAACCGCUGCAUCACCUCUCAGCUGAUCAAGUGGUUCAGUAACUUCAGGGAGUUCUACUAUAUCCAGAUGGAGAAGUUUGCCCGCCAGGCCAUUGUUGAUGGCAUCAGUGAUGUCAAAGACAUUACAGUUAGCAGGGACUCAGAGCUGUUCCGGGCACUGAACAUGCACUACAAUAAAGCCAAUGACUUCCACGUUCCAGACCGAUUCUUGGAGGUUGCUGAGAUCACCUUGCAUGAGUUUUACAAUGCCAUUUCUGCAGCUAAAGAUUCGGACCCCUCCUGGAAAAAGGCCAUAUACAAGGUGAUCUGUAAACUGGACAGCGACGUCCCCGAGGACUUCAAGACAUCUUCCUAUUUAUAGGCAGAAGUGGAGAGUUAUACAGUGAAGGAAUUGAAGUUAGUCGCUUGACAGUAUUAUUCAUCCUUUCUUGUAGUGCAUUUUAGUGAGGUGAAAUGUAGAUGUUGGAUAAUUAAUCAUUUUGUAGAUCUGUAAGCAAAAAAAAAACAUACACACAAUUUUAUCUAUAGUCUAAAAUGCUGUAUGUUCUACAUUUAUCAACAAGCAGAUACAUAUUAAUGCUCUUGUGGUUUAUUUUAUUGUUUAGUGUUUACUUAUAUAAUCUGCCUCAACGCAUUUAGAGAGUUACUGAGUUUGUAGGUGUGUAAAAAUGUUUACAAAGUGUAAUCAUGCUUUUCCAUAUUAUUAAACUAUAGUGUAGCCUGAUUA